UUUUCCUUUUCCUUCCUUCCUUCCCCCACUUCAGUCUACAUCUAUUUUAUAUUUGCUUCAACUUCAACCCCAUUUCUCUCUCUCUCUCUCUCUCUCUCCCUCGAAAACCGCUACUGCAACUACUGCUCUUAAUUUCGACAAAAUCAAAUCAAAUCCUUUCAAUGUUACUAUUUUAGCAGCCCUGCAUCAUCCAUGCUAGGGCUGCAAAACUAGAAGAAAUAACAAUGGUGUUUAAGAACAAACUCUUCUUUUCUUCAAAGAAAUCGGAUCCCUCUAGUCCUGAUGGAUCAUCCAAUAGUCCUCGAUCAGUUGGCUCUAAUUCUCCGAUCCGAUCCGACAAGAAAAAACCCAAAUCUACUUCUUCUUCAUCUAAAGAGGAAAGUCCAACUGCUCAUACUACUUCUGGUUUUGCAUGUAGACAAACGCAAGUCAAGGAUGGAGUCAAGAAGAAGGAAUCAUCGGUAAAGGGUAAGGAAACUGCUGCUCAGUCGCCACGUAGACUAGGUUUGUCGAGUUCUGCCUCCAAAAAGCCUGCUGCUGCGGCGGACGCGAAGGACACUCCCGCCUCUUCGGUGUCUCCGAUAUUGGCGUCUUCCUUAGGAUUGAAUAAGAUAAAGACGAGAUCGGGUCCAUUACCGCAAGAGAGCUUUUUCAGUUUUAGAGGGGAUAAAGGGUCUGGAGUGCUGGGGUCCAGUAACUUAUCGAGGCCUGGUGGCGGAGAUGUGGGGCCCACUUCAACUUCUGGGUCAGGGAAGAAGAAGGAGGUAGUUGGACAGAGUAGGAUGAUGGGAUUUCAAGGGAGUAGUACUGGUGGUGAUAACAGUUAUAACCGGGGUAUUAUAUCACCUGGAAGUGGGCAGUCUAGAGAGGUAAGUCCCAAUUUGCAGGCAAGGUCCCGGUUGCAGAAUGGGGAUUCAUCAACAGAGGCAGGUAAUGCCUUUUUAGCUAGUUUAUUUGUGGAUGUAAUAUUCAGCACUACUUGCAUACUGUGACUUGUUAUGGUAAUUUGAUGUGAGGGUGAGUGCACUUGCAGUUAUCUGCACUACUCAUUGAUCUCAUAUUUGGUCUUUUAUCCUUUGAUUGAUUGGGAUUUUUUCUUUUUGGGUUUAGUAGUGGAUUUUGUUAGUGACUGUAGGAGAUGCUUGUUUAUUUAUAGGUCGCUUUUGCUUGAAAUGGGGAUUGAAGAUGAUAGUUUGUGAUUUGGGCUUUAGCUUUUACGAGCUUUAAAGGAUAGAGUGGUCUUGUUUUGCCAUUACAAGUUACAUUGGUGGCAACUAUAGAUGAAUCUCUAUCUUACUUAUAUCGUUAUAUAGGUUCUUAAGUAUGUACCCUACUGGUGUCUCGCUUUGAUUCUGAUGGAGAAGAUUACCGUCAUCCAAAGUAGUUAAUAUUGAUAGUUUGUGUAUCCCUGAAUCCCAAGGACAUAGGAAUUCAUUUGAACAAUCAUUAUAGCUGUUUUUUCUAAGAAAGUUUUAGCACUCAUGCCUUUAAAUCCUAGAAGUUAGGUGAUUCAAAACGCAUAAUGUCUGGAAGAGUUGCCAUCCAUUACCUUUUUCAAAAUCAAAUAAAGGAAGUGUUGUAAGGGGUUGCUUGCUCUUUGCUGUAUUAGAAUAUCGACAUUGCCCCAAACUCCUGAUCCAUCCUGGUUCUAUUUCACCAUGCGUCUAGGCUGGGAUUCUAAAUUUUGUACUUACAUUACAUAGAAGCUUCAAAGCCUCAUCUUUGUGUUGUCAUCCAUUAUUUGUAGGAAAUAAAAUCUAGAAGGAAGGAUGGCAUUCUAAGUAGAUGUAUUUGUAAGUCUGUUAUUGGCUCCUAGGUUCAGGUUUCAUAUUGAUACUGAUAAGAUGCAUAAAGUCUUUGAGCUUGAUUUGCAGCAUUCUUGCUUAGUGGUUCUGUGUGAUCUGACUUGUUACCUAAUGAUAAAUUAUGUGAUACAGGGAUGGAGUGAUAUGGAUUAGAAAACUUAGCUGGCACCAUAGUUGUGUAUUUAAUUUAUUCUACCCAUCAUGUUUCCCCCCUAUUUAGAAUAUAUAUAAGAACAGUUCUUACAGUUUUAUGUUUAAAAUUUCUGACAUGAAGAGACAAUCAAAUUCUUUACCAAGGUUGCUCAGUUUGUUAGAAAACAUAUAAUUGAGAAGUUAUAUAGAGUUUGCCCACUUUUUGUUUGCUGAAUUUCUUCCUUCUCUUGUUUUGUAAUCUGAAAGUUAGAAGGCAUUUUUAAACAGAUGUCAGUAUGGGGUUGGGAGGGAAGAGAGUUACUUUUUGUAAAAUGGGAGGUUCACUCUCCCUAUCAGCAAGGAUGAACUGGAGUUAAAAAUAAUCUUGCUUUUUGACAAAUCUUUUCUUGGAAAAUUCUUAUGAAACUGUGUUAGAGAGAACGGUUAUUGUGGAGUUAGAUUUGUUGGGUAAUGAUCUUUGAAUUUCUACAUGUAUAUACACUAGUUCAUUAUAUUUAUAUGUGUGCAGUAAGUUGGUCUUUUAUGUGUAAAAAGAUGAAAGAUGGUCAAUCAUCAUAUUUGUGCUGUUAGGUUGUAGCGGGACUGUGGUCACUGAUCUUGCAUUUUUUGCUGAAUUCCAAAUGGUUCAAACUGCUUUAAGCUGUUCGAAAGUUGAGGACAAUGCCUAGCAUGGACGAUGCUUGAAGGCAGUGUUGUUCUAGUACUGUUUGAAAAUAUGUUGUCAGAUAGGAGAACUUUUCAGGGUUUGAGUUUUCUAUAGUUGCAGAUAAAAUUGAGGAUUAUGUAUUCUCUCUAUUCAUAUUUGCACUUAUUAUUAAGUGUUCUAGCUAUUUUCUCAA